AUGUCGGAAUCAUCAUCGUCCGAGAAUAAUGAAGCAUCAUCAUCAUCAUCAUCAUCUUCAUUAUGGUUUGAAUCGUUAUUUCGAAAAACAGAUACACCAAUCGUAACACGUAGUCGAUCGAAUUGUAUAUCGAAUACAACAUUACCUACAGGAGAUAAUUGGUCACGAUUUCGACAGAUUUUUCAUCUUCCUGCGUUUAUUUCUUCUGCAAUUAUGAGAGAUUCUUUUCAAUCAUCUUUAUCAAACUUUCGAUCGAUGGGUCAAUUUUUGGAAAAACCUAAAACUGAAAAACACAAUGUUAUUGGUAAAAAUGAUGAUCUUCGUUAUGGUCUUGGAUCUAUGCAAGGAUGGCGUGUGGAUAUGGAAGACGCACAUGCAGCAGUCCUUAAAUUAGAUGAUAAUCGUUGGUCACAUUGGUCUUAUUUUGGUAUAUUUGAUGGUCAUGCAGGAUUUCGUACAGCUGUUAAAGCAGCUGAAAAACUUCAUUCACGUAUUAUUUCAUGUCUUAAUGGAUUAGUACAAGAAAAUGGAAAUUUAAAAUCAUCACAAUAUAUAACAUCAUCACAACUUGAUUUUAAUAAAUUUGAAAUGGCUAUAAAAGAUGCAUAUUUUAAAUUUGAUAAUGAAUGGAGAGAAGAAAAUCGUAGUAAUAAUCCAGAUGAUAAAAGUGGUUCAACAGCAAUAUCUUGUUUAAUUGAUCUUGAACGAAUUUAUUUUCUUAAUGUUGGUGAUUCACGAGCUAUACUUGUUGCAACUGAUGGUCGAAUUUUACUUGCUACAAAAGAUCAUAAACCAAGUAGAAAAAAUAAAAGUUUUUUGUUCUAUGUUUAUUCUUUAAAUCUAGGUGAUCAAAUUGAACGUCAACGAAUUCAAGAAGCCGGUGGUACUGUACUUAUUCAAAGAGUAAAUGGUUCAUUAGCUGUAUCACGUGCACUUGGUGAUUUUGAAUAUAAAAAUAAUCCAAAUCGUCGACCUGAUCAACAAUUAGUUUCACCAGAACCUGAAAUUACUUAUUAUACACGUCAAACAAAACAAGAUGAACAGAUUGCUUUUAUUGUACUUGCUUGUGAUGGUAUAUGGGAUGUGAUUACAAAUGAAGAAUUAGCUGCUUAUAUUAUUGGUCGUAUGCGUGUAACAGAUGAUCUUUGUGAAAUUACUAAUUCCAUACUUGAUAUGUGUUUAUAUAAAGGUAGCAAAGAUAAUAUGAGUUUGGUAAUAAUUGCAUUUAAAAAUGCACCAACACCAACUCCAGAAUAUAAAGCAAAAGAUGAAGCACUUGAUAAUGAAAUUCGUAAAAAAACUAUUGAAAUUUACAAUCGUAAUCCAAAUAAAACAAGUUUAGAUGCUAGUACAGUUUGGCAACAAGUUAUGACAUCCCUUAAUGAACAAUCAUCAAUUCGUGAUGCACUUCCAGUUGGUGGCGGUUUUAUUGCGAAACGUUCUGUUUUUGAAACUACAUUUGAUUCAAUGACUAAAGGAACAAAUAAUACAACAAAUUCAAACAGCGGGGCGUUAACAAAUAAUGAUCAUGAUGAUGAAGAAGAUGAAAAUGAUGAUGAAUCAACUCCAUCAAAUUCUUCAUCUGGCGAUAUUCCAUCAGCAAAUAGCACAAUUACUGCAUUGACGCAAUAG